AUGGCCAUGUAUUCACGCCAAAUCUCGUCUCCAGUUGUUGUUAUUCCAGCACGGCCUCUUUACCAAACGCAGCUAUCUGCUGGGACUUUCGGGCGCCACUAUUCAUCCGGCAUGCAUUUCAACGCGACACCAGCUAGUUGCCCUCAAAUUCAAGCCACGUCUAGGGGAAGGAAACGGUCUCGCGAUGAGGCAUCAACAAAUCUGGAGCCCGACUCACGCCGUCCGCAUGUCGACUCUUGGCAGAAUAACGGGACUGGUGGCAAUGGUGCCUAUGUGGAAGAGAGUACCGACCAAGGACGAAGACUGUUUCAGGAGAAAAACGCCAGCCAGAUGGAAAGUCGAAGCCGAAAAGCUCAGCGAUUGGAUCACAGUCCGGACCAGGCACCUCUGCAAGCGUCUCUGCAUGGCACUUGCUACGACGGCGCAAGCAAAGACUCGCAAGGCAACCUUGUCAGCACGGCAUGCGGCAACUCGUUGGUAAUUGACGCUUUUACGAUUCUUCUCGGCAUUGGCUGGAGACAACUAGGUACCGAUGAGCAUGUUCAAGCCGCCGCUCGAGGGUGGGCCCGCUUCAUUGAGAAGCAUUUCAAGCUUUCUAAUGUCGGCAUCCGCCUGGAAAGUAGGGGCCUCCAGUCUUACCUUGUUGAAGCCGCAGAAGGUUAUUUUCUCUUUGCCGAAAACCUUCGUCGAGGCAGACUCGUGAGCAGAACACCGGACAAGGCGCUCCACAACCUACAACUGUCGCCUCCCGUGUUUGAGGGGCCUGAGCUGGAUCUAACACUGGCGGAAAAUCAGCAAUUCGAACCCUUUACAGAGUCUGCGAUGGCAAUAGACGAGUGA